AACACAUAUGCACAAACACGUAUAAACAAUGCACACUCAGUUUUUUUUUCCUGUGAAUUGACUCUCAUAACAGCUGUAUAUUCUUAGGGACAGCUUCGAAUGUCAAUACAUAUACUUUUGUCUGAAUUUUUAUUAUUGUUAUUUUUAGUAUAAAGAUAUCUCAUGGCCGGGGCUCCUGUGACAUAUUUUCUUGGCAAAUUUCUUUUUCUACCAAAUUCACAAUAAAUAAAUGUUUUUUCAAAAAUUAUAUAAUUUUAAUCAAAAUGGUGGCAGACAGAGAAAAAGGAACGUGUUGAAGGCGAGCAUAGAUGUUCCGGGGAGCGGGGAAGUGGAAUUUCACUGUACUCAUUUUGAUCACUUGGACGAGAAGUGGAGAAUGAAGCAAGUUGAUGCUAUUAUCCGAUCUACCAACGUACCUCACAUACUCGCUGGUGCUCUCAAUUCUCUCGACGAAUCCGAUUACUCCCCUGAGAGAUGGACCGACAUCGUCAAGUACUACGAAGAGAUGGGUAAGCCGAUACCAAAAGCGCAAGUGAUGAGAUUCUUAAAGAGCAAAGAAUACACUGACGCUAAGGACUUUGCUGGAGAAUGCGAAUCUGUGGUUGUGGUCGCCAAAGGCCAAAGUGUACAAGGGACAUGCAAGUACGGGACACGCGUUGACUACAUACUUGCUUCCUCGGACUCACCGUACCAGUUCGUGCCAGGGUCAUAUUCGGUGUUGUCUUCAAAAGGAACCUCGGACCAUCACAUAGUGAAAGUCGAUGUUGUCAAAGCUAGAUCGAUCAACGUCGACGAGCAACGACCGAUUAGACCCAAACAGCAGAGAGUUUCAACGACUAUGUAUAAUAAUAACUCGUCUCUCACAAAGGCCUCGUGGAGGACGCAUUACUAUAAGGCGUGAACAAUCUCUAGAUUAUAUAUAUAGUACUACAAAAUGUUUACAUAACACGUACGUUUUUUUUGGGAAUGCUUAUUAACACAAUUUGAUAUCCGUGUAUCAUAGCUGCGGAUGUCUCUGUGCUGGACCAUGAAGUCUGAUUUACUUUCGCCUAGCUAUUUUUUUUUUUACAUUCUUUUGGUCUGUUUUAAUGUUGGCUUGUUUAACCGAUACGUAUUUAUUGUAUGCAUGAGUGAAUAAAAAAACUCUUCCUUACUUUUA